CCGGCGCCGGAGAGGCCGCCCGGGUUUUGUUCCCCGUUCCCCGCCGCCCCGCUUCGCCCGAGCGCUCCGGCGGCGGCGCGGACCGCGUGCUCCGGGGCUGCCAGCGCGGGGGCUCCGCUCGCCCACCCACCCCUCGGCUUCUUCGCAGGGCGGCACAACGCCUCGGAUUCCCCCCCUCCCAGCCAACCUCAUCCGUUCGCCGCACACCCCUUCCACCCGUUCCCGGUUCCCCCGCGGCGGAGCGGCGGCGGCGGCGGCGGCAGCAUGGCUUGUGGAGUUACGGCGAGACCGGCUGGACGGAGCUGAAACGGCCGCCCCCGGGGCGGGGGGAGCCGCGGCGGAGGGCACUUCGCAUGUCCGCGGGCGCCCGGGAAGUCGGAUGUCAGGAAUACCGCGGGAUCCUCCUUCCUCCGGGGCUGUUUUGGUUGCGUUUUGUUGUUGUUGUUGUUGCCGCCGCUUUUGAAAGAUUCUCUUUUUGGGGUUCUCGGCCUCUCCGGAGCGCUCCGUGGCCGGCGGGCAGCAGCGCACGUCGCGAUCGCCGUAGCGAGGCACGGCGCGGCUGGUUCCAGUGACCGCGCCCCCAGCCCUGCCAUGUACCCCCAGGGCCGGCACCCGGCUCCGCACCAGCCGGGCCAGCCGGGCUUCAAAUUCACCGUAGCCGAGUCCUGCGACCGGUUCAAGGACGAGUUCCAGUUCCUACAAGCCCAGUACCACAGCCUGAAAGUGGAGUAUGAUAAGCUGGCGAACGAGAAGACAGAAAUGCAGCGCCAUUACGUUAUGUACUAUGAGAUGUCCUAUGGUUUGAAUAUUGAAAUGCACAAACAGACAGAAAUUGCUAAAAGACUGAAUACCAUUUUAGCCCAGAUCAUGCCUUUUCUGUCACAAGAGCACCAACAGCAGGUGGCACAGGCUGUUGAGCGUGCCAAGCAAGUGACCAUGACGGAGUUGAAUGCUAUCAUCGGGGUACGUGGACUUCCCAAUCUGCCUCUCACCCAGCAGCAGCUCCAGGCCCAGCACCUCUCCCACGCCGCCCACGGGCCCCCGGUCCAGCUGCCGCCGCACCCCUCGGGUCUGCAGCCGCCGGGCAUCCCGCCGGUGACGGGCAGCAGCUCGGGGCUGCUGGCCCUCGGUGCCCUGGGCAGCCAGGCUCACCUCGCCGUCAAGGAUGAGAAAAACCACCAUGACCUGGACCACAGAGAGCGAGACUCGAGUGCAAAUAACUCUGUUUCGCCCUCGGAGAGCCUGAGGGCCAGCGAGAAGCACCGGAGCUCCACGGACUACAGCAUCGACUCCAAGAAGCGGAAAGCAGAGGAGAAGGACAGCAUGAGCCGAUAUGACAGCGACGGUGACAAGAGCGAUGACCUGGUGGUCGAUGUCUCCAACGAGGACCCCGCGACGCCCCGGGUGAGCCCAGCCCACUCCCCCCCAGAGAAUGGCAUCGACAAAGGGCGUGUGAUGAAGAAGGGCGACGCUCCCAACAGCCCGGCCUCGGUGGCCUCCUCCAGCAGCACUCCCUCCUCCAAGACUAAAGACCUGGGCCACAACGACAAGUCAUCGACGCCCGGGCUCAAAUCCAACACUCCGACGCCGAGGAACGACGCGCCGACCCCGGGGACGAGCAGCACCCCGGGGCUGCGGCCGAUGCCCGGCAAGCCAGCUGGCAUGGACCCUCUGGCCUCUGCCCUGCGGACGCCCAUCUCCAUCGCGGGCUCGUACGCCGCUCCCUUCGCCAUGAUGGGGCACCACGAGAUGAACGGGUCGCUCACCAGCCCCGGCGCCUACGCGGGGCUGCACAACAUCCCCCCGCAGAUGAGCGCCGCGGCCGCCGCCGCCGCCGCCUACGGCCGGUCGCCAAUGGUGAGCUUUGGAGCUGUUGGUUUCGACCCGCACCCGCCCAUGAGAGCCCCUGGGCUGCCCUCCAGCCUGGCCUCCAUCCCCGGCGGGAAGCCAGCCUACUCGUUCCACGUCAGCGCCGACGGGCAGAUGCAGCCGGUGCCGUUCCCCCACGACGCGCUGGCGGGUCCCGGCAUCCCGCGGCACGCGCGGCAGAUCAACACGCUGAGCCACGGCGAGGUGGUGUGCGCCGUCACCAUCAGCAACCCCACCCGGCACGUCUACACCGGCGGCAAGGGCUGCGUCAAGAUCUGGGACAUCAGCCAGCCCGGCAGCAAGAGCCCCAUCUCGCAGCUGGACUGCUUGAACAGGGAUAACUACAUCCGCUCCUGCAAGCUGCUCCCCGACGGCCGCACGCUGAUCGUGGGGGGCGAGGCGAGCACGCUCACCAUCUGGGACCUGGCGUCCCCCACGCCGCGGAUCAAGGCCGAGCUCACCUCCUCUGCCCCCGCCUGCUACGCCCUGGCCAUCAGCCCCGACGCCAAAGUCUGCUUCUCCUGCUGCAGCGACGGCAACAUCGCCGUGUGGGACCUGCACAACCAGACGCUGGUCAGGCAAUUCCAAGGCCACACGGACGGUGCCAGCUGCAUAGACAUCUCCCACGACGGUACCAAGCUGUGGACAGGGGGCCUGGACAACACGGUGCGCUCCUGGGACCUGCGGGAAGGUCGGCAGCUGCAGCAGCACGACUUCACCUCCCAGAUCUUCUCGCUGGGGUACUGCCCGACGGGCGAGUGGCUGGCGGUGGGCAUGGAGAGCAGCAACGUGGAAGUGCUGCACCACACCAAACCCGACAAGUACCAGCUGCACCUCCACGAGAGCUGCGUCCUCUCCCUCAAGUUUGCCUACUGCGGUAAAUGGUUUGUGAGCACUGGCAAAGACAACCUGCUCAACGCCUGGAGGACGCCCUACGGAGCGAGCAUCUUCCAGUCCAAGGAAUCCUCGUCCGUCUUGAGCUGCGACAUUUCAGCGGACGACAAAUACAUCGUCACGGGCUCCGGCGACAAGAAAGCCACAGUCUACGAGGUCAUCUACUAAAGCAGGGAUUUGAUGUGAGGGGCUGGCAACCCCCCAGCAGCAACAGGGCCAGGAGCCAGGGGGGCAGCCAGCAGCGAGUGGCCCAGGGCUCACAGGGGCUGCAGCAGGGGGUAACCCCCGGGGCUGAGCCCCCAGCCCGGCUGCGGCAGGACCCUGCCUGGAGGCUCUGGCGGGCAGCACCACACACGGAUUCAUUUGGAGGUCUGCAGACACGGCACACAUUGGAGCCCUACAUGGAUUUACUUCCCUGGUUUUUUUUCUCUUCGUUGCUGUUGUUGUUGGUUUGGUUUUUGGGGGUUUUUUUGGGGAGGGGGGGGUUUAUUCCAGCCGAGUUUCGGUUGUUUCCCGGUUCCUCCCGGCUGCGCUUUGGUGGCACUAAAAAGGACUCAGAAGUUGGCUUUUUGGGUUUUUUUUUUAAAGUGACUGGUUCUUUUUGUUGUUGUUCUUUUGGGGUUUUUUUUCCCCCCCUCGUGCAUCCUGCAUAAGACUUGUGAAAAGUGUAAAUAACGGACUAGUAAAUAGCAUUGGAAGGGUGGGGGACCCUCCUCUCCCCUCCCGGUACACUAGCUGUGUAUUUUUGUCUGCUGUAAUUGUAUCCCACUGAUGGUUUUUGGUGGUGGCAAUUUUAUUAUUGGUUUUUUUCUUUUUGAGGGGAGGGAGGGGGUUUUUUUGGCUUAUUUUGGGGGGUUUCCCCCCCCCCCACCCCCUCUCACCCCUUUCCCCUCAAACAACGCGACGUGAACUCAGCCGAGCAAAGACAAAACAAAAAGCAAGGCACGUUGUUCCUGCUGUCCCAGCCCUGAGCUGUUGGGUGUGUUGGUGAUGGUGGGACGCUGCUGGGACCCUCAGCUCCCACCUGGGGCUGCAGCAGCACAAUCACCUUUGGCUUUCCUUUGUUUAUUUGUUUUGGGGGGGGAUUUGGUUGGGGUUGUUUUUUAUAUAUGGACUUUUUUUUUGUAUGAUUCUUUCUGGGGGGUCCUUUCUCUCUCUCUCUCUAUCUCUGUGUGUGGUUUUUUUUGUUGUGGAAGCAAAGGGGAGAAGCCCAAGCUGCAGGAUCGUCUGUGCAAGCCCCUUUUCUUUCCUUGGUCUUCGGACAGAAGCGAAACGAGGAGUGGAUUUCAAAGCAUAGUGAAAACAAUUCAGCUCAGGGAGCCACGAAAGAGAAGAAGCAAACUUAUGUGUUUUGUAUUCAAAUGAAAGUAAAAGAGAAAAAAAACCCAAA